AUGGGGCCUUUGAGCGUGGACGCGGUCAGCCUCUUCGCCGAAGUGGUCUCUCGGAGCGCCACACUCCGCAGUCUGAGGUUACCUUCGACGUACUGCGACUGCUUUGCCACAACCUGGAGGCCUCCUGUCCAGCUCCCAGAUCCCAAAGCCGCGCAAUGCAUGCAGCCCUGGCUCGCAGCCCUGCGGAGACCGAACUUGCCGCUCAGCAAGCUCUGCAUCGACUUGCGGGGCUUCGGCGAAGCUGAGUGCGACGGCUUCUUCGGCGCAGUUGCGGAAGCGGACGCUCUGAAGUCGGUGGUCGUUCUCUCCUUGCCCGAAAUCGAGCGGCCGGACAGGGUCUGCGCCACCAUCAAGGAGCGAGGACUGAGCGACCGAGUGGACAUCAAGUGGCCUUGCAUGCGCAACACAAGAUGGCUGCAGCAAUGCCCGCAAAUCGGCAGCGUAACCAUCAGAGUGGGCCAUUGGUGGAAGGAUGGAGAUUUCGCAUUGCAGCGAGUUAUCUCAGCUCUAGAAGCGCUCGGUGGCUGUUCUCACGUAACCUCGCUCCGGGUUUACUUGUAUCGUUUCGAUUGCAGAGCAAUCUCGGCCUUGGCGGCAUGCGUAAGAGCUCCGUCCGCGCUAACUGAGGUCUAUAUAGACCUCUCUGGCGUUUUUGGCGAUCUGCCAAAAGAGUAUCGUGGUGCGCAGGAGGAACUGGUGAGAGCGUUGGCCUCCAACCUCAAACUCGUCAGAGUCAAGGUCAAGGGAGUACUCCUGUCCGACGACGACUUCAAGUGGCUCGCGCACGGUGCUAGCAAGAGUCUAAGCCUCACAGAAUUCGCCAUGACUCCCGGCUGUUUGAUAAUUGCCCGUCGUGGUAAAGCGUCUGGAGCAGUGAACAGCUGUUCGAUGCACGGGGCCGAGGCCUCGACGGGAGUAUCCAUCGAGAAGAACAUCGCACUGGCCGACAUUUUGGAAACGACCAGGCGGAAUGCCUCCGCCGUCUUGGCCGCAGCUCAGUUCGUGUUAGGCCAGGAAGAUGGCCUCGAAGGCGCUAGCUCUAUCGAGCUGAUGCACGACCAUCCUCGCCUGCUCGAAAUGGUGAGCGAAGGCGCUGACGUCACCAAGGCCGACGCCAAGAAGAUGAUCAGCAGCGCCCUGCUUCGUGUUGGCCUCUUGAGCCUCGAUGAGUUUAUGAGAAUUACCGGUGUCGUCCAGGAGACGGCGGAGUGCCUUGCAGAUCCUGGUGCCAGGCGUCAGCUCUCUGACUUGAACUUCGACUGCUGGCUACACGUCCGCCGUUUCCUGAAGAUAUCGGACGUUCUGCAGCCUCGAACCGAUAUAUGUGAAAACUGUGGGCAGUCACCGUCUGCAGAGGAGAGCUUUCAAGCAUGUUCAUAGAAGACAGGGCUGGUCCCUAUGGCGUCGACGUACGGCGCAAUCAAGAGUUGAAUAAAAGAUUCAGUCA